CGCAAAAAAAGUCUUGAAAAAAAAAAAAAACCUCGAAAAAAGGAGGGAGAAAGCAGAGGGUUGGUUAAGAGAGAGGAUGAAGUCACCACCUCUCCACUUUCUCUCUCUCUCUCUCCCUGUCUGUCUCUCUCUCCCUUUCUCUCUGUCAGAGCUCAACAGAGCGGAGAGGGGGCUGUAAAGCCUGGCUGUCAAAACUUCCCCUCUGAACCCGAACAGAAAAUGUGCUCAGAUAAGAGGCGAGGAGUAAUGGAGUCAGCGGGAGAGACCUCUGUCAGACCUCUUCAAUCACAGCUUAUCCUCAAUGAGCCGACAGGGGGCGCUAGCGGACGGCUCCCCUCCCAACACGUCAGGAGGGAGUCGGGCUCCCGGUGGAUAGCACACACCAGUCAACCACAACUGACUCCAGCUGAAGGUUUUGAUGGUGAAUGUUGGCUUGAUGGGGUCCGAGCAGGUGACAGAGUGAUGGUCUAAGGACUCACAGUCACCGAGGUGCUUGCGCGUGGAAUGUUGCGCUGGUCAGUGCACCUUGAAGGAGGGCCGCGGAGAGUCAACCAUGCUGCUGUGGCGGUGGGGCACAAGGUGUACUCCUUUGGAGGCUACUGCUCCGGGGAGGACUAUGAGACACUCCGUCAGAUUGAUGUGCAUGUCUUCAACACAGUGUCUCUGCGCUGGAUGAAGUUGCCUCCAGUGAGGAUUGGAGGACAUGAACGUGCCCGUGAAGUGCCAUAUAUGCGUUAUGGCCACACAGCUGUGCUGCUGGAUGAUAUUAUCUACCUCUGGGGUGGGCGUAAUGACACAGAGGGGGCCUGCAAUGUGCUCUAUGCCUUUGACGUCAACACCCAUAGAUGGUUCACACCCAAGAUUUCGGGGACAGUUCCAGGAGCAAGGGAUGGCCAUUCGGCUUGUGUCCUGGGGAAGGCAAUGUAUAUAUUUGGAGGAUAUGAGCAGCUGGCUGACUGCUUCUCCAAUGACAUCCACAAGCUGGACACCAUCACUAUGGUUUGGUCAUUAAUUAAUGCCAGAGGCACUCCGGCACGCUGGAGGGACUUCCACUCAGCAACCAUCAUCGGGACAAAGAUGUUUGUAUUUGGGGGCCGAGCAGACCGCUUCGGCCCCUUCCACUCCAACAACGAGAUCUACUGCAACAAGAUCAAAGUGUUUGACACCGAGACCAACUGCUGGCUAAGUACUCCUUCAACACAGCCAUCGCCGGAGGGACGCAGGAGCCAUUCAGCCUUUUCCUACAAUGGAGAGCUGUACAUAUUUGGAGGAUACAAUGCCCGUCUGGACCGGCACUUCAAUGAUCUCUGGAAAUUCAAUCCAGAAGCCUUUUCCUGGAUGAAAGUAGAACCGAAGGGGAAAGGCCCAUGUCCACGGAGACGGCAAUGCUGUUGCAUGGUUGGAGAUCGAAUCAUCCUCUUUGGAGGAACCAGCCCCUGUCCAGAGCAAGGAAUGGGUGAUGAAUUUAACCUCAUGGAUCAUUCAGACCUGUAUAUCUUAGAUUUCAGCCCUAAUUUGAAGACGUUAUGCAAAAUAGCUGUUAUUCAGUACAGUCUGGAGCAGUCAGGACUCCCACAUGAUAUCAGGUGGGAACUGGCAGCCAUGACCACCAACAGCAACAUCAGCAGGCCCAUCUUCUCCUCCCACGGCUGACGCCACUGAAUGUGAAGCAGAACCAGAACUCUUCGCUCUGUUUCGGGACGCCAGGCUUUUAUCUUUCUAAUUUACUGAGCUCUGAGGGAUUGUUUUUGUAGAGUUUGGAUUUAUUCCCCACAUUCUUCAAGUGAAAACUCUCAGUACUGACCAAAAUAUCCUGCAUAUGACCUCCUUGGACUCCAUAGGCUUUCUCGUGUCUAAGGAUAUUUUAACCCUUGAGAAAGAAAUUGUUACACCUGCUCUCCUUUUUUUUCUCUUCUUUCUAGCCUCUCUAGAAAUCCAAUCAGCCUAUGAUAAUCAUAGACUUCUAAUCGUAAGCACAGGAAGAGACAAGAACUUCAGCCAAAGGUCUUGAGAGUUAAACCUCUUUGUUUGGGGAUGUCAUCCUGAUGUCACAUUCAACAGAUCUCCCCUAAGAGAGAGAUGUGAACCUUCUGUUCUAGACAGAAAGAGACUGAGAUGGAGUAUGUAUAUCUUGCAGUUCUAACUUGGUCUUAAAACCAUGUUAAACUACCAUGUCCAUUUGCGACAAAUGAAGUUAUGUACGCAGUAUAUGGAGGCUACUAGGAUAAUUUAUUUUCUUGGCAUUGAGUGCGAGGAGACUGAAUAUUGGGUACCGAAUUAAUUGGGGUGUAACGCUUGUGAAAAGUUCUGUUUGACUGCUUAGCUUUUUCCCUACUUCUUCAUCACCACCUGGCUAACACCCGACUGCUCUUCAGUGACUCAAACGUGAUUUUGCAAGGCUGUUGAUGCAAGCUGUCUGCCUUGUAAUAUAAUCAAGUCCAUCUACCUCCCUCAAUAGCAUGUAUCAUAGAGUCUUUGGUAAGACCUCCCAUACAUUAGUCGUCUCCUUUACCCCAGAAAAAAAAGCCUUUUCACAGGGAAGUUUGUGUUUCUGGCUGUUUGUUGUAUUCUUCCAAGAAAUGUCGUACUGUCACUGGAAGAGUGGAACUCACCUGCCACAUCCUGCCUCCCCCCCCCCAACCCCACCUCCUGUAGUUUGUUUUUUUCAGUGCCAAAUGUGGAAGGGAAUCAUGAUGCAAAUAUAUACUGUGUAUGUGUGCAAGCACGUGGUCCCGUCUACACAUAAUCCCAGCCCACCUGCUUCAGUCGGCUUGUUGUUGUGGGGGAGAUCGUCACUAAUAUGCAUAAUGUAGUUGUUCCUCUUCUAGACAAUCCUACUGAGUCAAACAGCGCUCAGCCUCUCCUUGUGACCUGCCUGUUCACAGUGCGGUGAAAAAAAAAACAAGAAAGCUUGCACAUGUGUUUGUAUACUACUACAAGCAAAGCUGAACCUGAGCAGAUGAUAUAAAUGUAUAAGGGCUGUUGUUAGAUUACAUACAUUCACCACAGCUCAAAAAUAACUUAGUUCAAAUUGGGGAUGUUUAUACAGUUUCUGGGGGUUUUCUUUUAUUAAUACUAUUGACACAUUUUAGAACAAAACUUUGAGAACACAAAAAUGGUGUCUUACCUUUUAUCUCUAUCAAGAUCAGUUAAAGGAUAAUGUUGGCAAUAUACUCAUAUUUUUGACAUUCUCAACAAAUCCCAUGAAAAUGCCAAAACCAACAGUGUGUUACUCCAUCUAACAAUACUUUCCAACUUCUUUAGUCUGCCUGUGGCUGUCAGUCCCAAGCCUAUUUGUUCCUGCCGAAGAUGUAAAACUUAAAAGACGGGUCACUAAUAUUUAGUUUCAUUUUUUCAAAUGGCUAAAUAUUUCUUUAACAACUGGUGCACUGUAGUUUUUAACAAAUGCUAAUCAAACAGAAGUAACUAAGUGCAUUUGUUGGGGACUGUUUUCAGUCGUAGAUUUGGUGCUCAAGUGAAAAUUUACGGCAGCAGGACAAUAUAUGGGAUCAACUCAAAAUAAACUGCAGUUUUUGAACAUGUCACCCAGUGUAACAGCUCACUGAUGUGUUUUUAAUUGUUUUUGGACUUUGACUACACAGGCAAUACAUGUUAGUAGGAUCAACUCAUCAUUGGUUUUUGUAAUUUUAUGGUAUUUGUGGCGAUGAGAAAAUAUACAGAAUAUUAUCCUUUCAAUUUUAUAAAUAAUAACAACAUGAAAUUGAAAUUAGUGAGUGGGUGAGACUGACUAUACAGGCAGUAGAGUUGAUAUUAAUGCCUUUAUUCAACAUUUUCACCAUGGAUUUUAGUGAUAUCUGGUUCUCAACAGUACAAAGCUCUAAACUUUGCAAAACUAAGAUGUGAAAAGGAACUGUGUUACCACACACUUGUGAAUUGCAUCAAUGCUUUUCAGUCCUGGUCUUUGGGGUCAAGUGUGCUGUUGUUUUUUGUCUUGCCAGGUAGUUACAUUUCUUCUGUAUCAGUCAGUCCCUGAUUAGCUGGUUUGAAUUGUACCCAGCAGAAUCCCAAGUAUCAGGACUGAACCACUGACCUGCAUCAUAAAUGUUUACAGAUUUGUGUAUUUCAUGUAAAGCAGUACAAAACAAUCUUAAAUGCAGGUUGAAGUCACCAGAUUACUGCACUAAAGCCAAUUGUGGCAUGUCAGGCCUUAUAGAUAGGAGACAUGUUGAUGCUGCUUUUUGUUUAAGUAGACUCCAGAGUUUGAGACGCUUGCUCGGCCAAACUAAGUCUGAAUAUUGAUGUUUUUAUUUACAGACCUGCAGUGCCAAUGUGACUCAGUGAGUCUUAUGCCCUCUGCACUGCAUAUGGACAUAUCACACACUUGAUAUUCCUCAGUACCCCAGUUACUUGGACUAUACAGCAGCUAAUGCAGUGAAAUCACAGGGAAGCCUGUCGCGUGUUCACACAAAAAAAAAAACUUCCCGUAAACAAAUCAAACUGUUAACAUGACACCAAAUGGCCAACGGCAAAACUGAUGAUAUUAUAUAUAUUUAUUUCUUUUUUCUAAUGUGUGGUGUGGAAGUCAUUUUUAUUUUCUGGAUUUUGGUCCUUGUUGCGUGUGAAGAUUAUGGGUGAUGAUAGUUUCAGUCAAAAACUCUUCAGGAAUAUGACAUGAGGUAAAUAUUUAGUAAAUGACAAUGUUGACGCCAUGGUCAAAAAAUAAAAUGCCUGCACGACAACAUUUACUCAGUGAUGGUCACUCACUUACCUCCAGUAAGGCAAUGCUAAUGACAAGAGUUUGUGAUUUUGCCUAUUAUUUUGGCAUUACAUUUUUAAAGGCUGUUAUCUAAAACCCCAAAAAAUCAGUUUCUUCUCUCCUUUGCAAAUAGUUGGCUGAGCUACACAGAUGGGCUGCAUCUUUGUGUUACCAAAACAGCAAUUGUCAUUCGAGAAGAAACUGCUUCUGUCAAGAAAAAUUACACAGUUUUACAUCACUGGAAUAUAUCUCGCACUCAUGAAGUUACUCAGUGUGAACAGUAAUUAUUUGCCAAGUAGAAGUACAUGAGGAGUGUAUUCCAUCUUUAGGGCUAACGGUAUAUGGUUGAAUAACUCAUAAACAAAGAAUGCUUAGAAAAAAACAGAACAAAGUAUUGAGUGUAUCUGCAUUCAUUUUACAACUGUGUUGACCCCCUAUGCUUAUUGUUAUUGUUUUUUUUUAAUUUUUUUUUUUUUUUUUUUUACAUUUUUAGAGGGGACUCUAUCUGUCAAGGUUGGUCAGGACUUCCUGUGCAAUAUGCUUUAUAAAUAUAUCAAUAAUAAAUCUGAGACCAUUUGAGUUAA